UUUUUUUUCUUUAUAAAAAAGGUUCAAUCUUUCUUAGAGUAUAUCCUCAAGUAACUAGUAAAUGUAGUUUGUUUUAAUAGUAACAAGAUUAAUCGGCAUUCUCCAAAAGGGCCACGGCGAGACGGAAGUCACCUCACCUUGAUCAAUCAUCCUGCUUCCUGAUUCCUCUCCCUACGAUUUCUUCCCACUUCCGGCGCUUGCCAUGUACUAACUUAAUGGAAUUCAUUUGAGCAAGUUCUGUAAUUAAAUCAACAUUUGUGAAAGUUUUGAAGGAAAAGGCAUUCAUUAUUCUGUAUUGAAGGCAUUAUUUAGAAGAGCUUCACCGGAUUCAUUACAACAUAUUAAUUGAGUGAAGCAAGUUUGAGGAAGAGAACACCAUGAUUGGAGCGGGGAAGAUCAAACAAUACACAAACGUUCUUGACAAACCAUUAAGCAAAGGGAAACAAGAGGUCAGCUUAAGUGCCUUCACCUUUUUGUUUUCUGAGCUUGUACAAUAUAAUCAGACCCAGGUGGACAAUAUUGCUGAACUAGAACGAAGGCUAGAGGAUGCGGGAUAUGCUGUUGGAGCACGAGUUUUGGAACUUCUCUGUCACAGGGAAAAGGGAAACAGAAGGGAGACUCGCUUGCUUGGAAUUCUAUCUUUUGUACACAGCACUGUUUGGAAGGUGUUAUUUGGGAAGGUUGCUGACUCACUUGAGAAGGGAACUGAACAUGAAGAUGAAUAUAUGAUCAGCGAGAAAGAGCUCCUCGUGAACAGGUUUAUAUCUAUACCAAAAGAUAUGGGAACAUUCAACUGCGGUGCAUUUGUUGCUGGUAUAGUGAGGGGUGUCUUGGACAAUGCGGGUUUCCCAGCAGUUGUAACUGCUCAUUUUGUUCCAGUGGAAGGGCAGUUGCGGCCAAGAACCACUAUCUUGAUAAAGUUUGCUGACGAGGUACUCAAAAGGGAAGCAAGAUUAGGCUGAUCUCUGCAGGGUCAUCAAAACUGUUAGAAGAGGAAGAUGUGGAAGAAGUUAGUAUUUAUCUGUUAUAGGUAAAGGAACAUUCUUAGAGAGAAAAUAUUUAGUAGUAUGCUUGAACAGUUGAACCUCUUCAGGAGUGUUUUCAGCUCCUGGGAAGCUGAUAUUUAACCUCCAAUAUUUCUGUAAUUCAUUUAAUUAUAACGAUGUUCAACCUUUGUUUACCACGGCAUCCCAACUAGCUCAGUCGAUCACACUUUUUCAGAUCUGUUUUGACAGAUCGAGGAACUAUUAAGAUUAUCCCGAGUCAUGUCAAUUGCGAGAGUAGUGAUGCCGUGGAUUACCUCUAUGGAACUGUAAGAAUGAAAUUGUUUCUACUCAACACUCGAUAUCGAAGCUUUAUACAAACCAGCUUUGUAGGUUAAUUGUCGUCAA